CCGCGUGGUGAAGGCGGCGGUGCCGCCCCAGAGGUGCCACCGGGAGGUGCCACGAUUCGGGGACCCCGAGAAGGUGAAGCUGGAGGAGUCGCUGCGCGAGGCCGAGCGGGAAGGGGAGGGGGCCCCGCUCAGCGUCCGCAUCAGCAACGUCUGACCGGGGGGAACGGGAGAGGAGGGGGCACCCGGGGAGGGAGGGGGCACCCAGGGAUGGAGGUGGCACUGAUGGAUGGAGGGGGCACCGACAGAUGGAGGUGGCACCGAGGGAUGGAGGUGACACUGAUGGAUGGAAGGGACACUGACAGAUGGAGGUGGAACCGACCCAUGGAGGGGGUACUGAUGGAUGGAGGUGGCACCGAGAGAUGGAGGUGGCACCGAUGGAUGGAAGUGACACUUGAUAGAUGGAGGUGGCACCGAGGGAUGGAGGUGCCUGGAAGUGCCACCCCCAAGAUGCCACCAGUGCCCCGAGGUGCCACCAAGGCCUGGAAGUGCCACCAGUGCCUCGAGGUGUCACGAGCUCCAAGGUGUCACCAACACCUGCAGGUGUCCCCAACCCAAAAGUGCCACCAGUGCUUGGAAGUGCCACCAGCCCCAAGAUGCCACCAGUGCCUGGAGGUGCCACCAGCCUCAAGAUGCCACCAGUGCCCUGAGGUGUCACCAGCUCCAAGGUGUCACCAACAUCUGCAGGUGUCCCCAACCCUAAAAUGCCACCAAGGCCUGAAAGUGUCACCAGCCCCAAGGUGUCACCAACAUCUGGAGGUGUCCCCAACCCUAAAGUGCCACCAGUGCCUGGAAGUGCCACCACUGCCUGGAGGUGUCACCAGUCUCCCAAGGUGUCACCAGCUCCAAGGUGUCACCAACACCUGGAGGUGCCCCCAGCCCCAAGAUGCCACCAGUGCCUGGAAGUGCCACCAAGGCCUGGAAGUGUCACCAGCCCCAAGAUGCCACCAGUGCCCCGAGGUGCCACCAAUGCCUGGAAGUGUCACCAAGGCCUGGAGGUGCCACCAGAGCUGGGAAGUGCCACCAGCUCCAAGAUGCCACCAAGGCCUGGAGGUGCCACCAGCCCCAAGAUGCCACCAGUGCCCCGAGGUGUCCCCAGCCCCUGGAGGUGUCCCCA